AGAUUUCUCUUCAUGGGUCUUUCAUUUAAUUCAGGAAAUUGAUGCUGAUACGAUGUGUUUUCCAUGAGAAGUUAUGGAAAAUUUCUGUCUCAGGUUUGAUGAAUUCUUCUGAUUGAUGUUGCAGGUAGGUGAAUUGGAGAAGGCAAUGGUAAUAACAAGCAUGAAAGGUCGAGCAAGUGAGGAGAGCUCCCCACGAACGGAAGUGGGAGAGAUAGAUACAAGGGCGCCAUUCCAAUCUGUCAAAGCUGCUGUCAACUUAUUCGGUGAAGUGGCCGUCCCCAGGGACGAAAAGCCUGUUGUUAGGAGGUCGAGACUUUCCAUGGAUGAAAUUGUACUGAUGGACAAGGAAGGGGAGCUUAUCUUGGCACAGAAUGAACUGGGCAAGGUCAAGGAACAGCUUGAGAAUGCAGAAGCUACGAAAUCUCGAGCGAUUUCUGAUCUUGAAAAGGCCAAUAUAACUCUGCAGGGCUUGAUGACCAAACUCAGAGCUGCAAGUGAAUCCAAACAGUUGGUGAUUGAGGCCACUGAAGCUCUCAAGACCCGGGCAAAGCAACUUGAAGUGGAGUCCAGAAAAUCCUUGGAAAUUAGUGCUGCAUGGAAAGAGGAACUGGACCGGGCAACUGAGCUAUACAAGAUCACCAUUACUGAACUUGAUAAUGAAAAACAAGAGCUCACAAAUAUUCGACAGGAUUUUGAUGCAUCCCUGGAAGCAAAAUUGGCUGCAGUCGAGCAGGAAGAGGAAGCUCAAACUGCGGACAGGAUUAAUACAGAGAGGAUUGAUGAGCUUUCAAAGGAAAUCGCCACAAUGAAGGAGUCACUGGCUCAUGUGAAGCUUUCCUCUCGACAAUCCCAACAAGAGCUAAAAAAGAUGAUAACAGAGAAAGAUACCCUGCUACAAUCUCAUAGGACUGCUACGGAAGAAGUGCAUAAUAAAAAGCUUUCUUUAGAGAAAGAGAUUAAUCUUGAAGUCACCUGUGAUCUUGAGAUGAUGCUGGUAGAAACAGAACAGGAGAUUGCCCUUUUACAAGAGGAGAUGCAAAAGGCUCCUGCUUCUGAUAUGGAUUCUGUGAGACAACUAACUUUGGAGCUUGAAGAUGCCACAAAGGAGCUGCAAGGUGUUGCAGAAGAAGAAAGCUUACUACAAAGCUUGGUGGCUUCCCUUAAGCUAGAACUGGAGACUGUGAGGGAACAUAUUUCUGAGUUGCAAGGGAAGGAAUCAGGAAGAGAAUCUGUAGCCGAGAGCAUGAAUGUUGAAAUAGAGAAAAGCAAGUUGGAGCUAGAACAAGCUGUUUCAGAAGAAACUGAUGCAACAGAGAUUCCUGGGGACCUCUUCUUAACAAUGGAACAGCUUUCACCAGAAUCUAAAAAUGCACUACGGGAAGCAGAAGAGAUUAGGAAAACCGCUGAAGAGAUGAAGCAAGAAGCUCAAAGAGCCCGAAUUCUGGUAGAGGAAGGAGACAGAAAGCUAACACUUGCACUACAAGAAGUGGAGGAGGCAAAAGCAGCAGAGCAAAUUGCUCUUGAUGAGAUUGCAAUUCUGUCUAAAAGAGCUAAUGCUGCUCGUGCUUCACAAUCCGCGUCUGGAGAAAAGAUCAAACUCUCAGUAGAAGAGUUUGAAUCUUUGAGCAGAAAAGUGGAAGUGUCUGAGAAUUUGGCCAUGAUGAAAGAGGCAGCUGCCACGGCACAGGUGGAAGCAGUUAAUGCCAGCAAAAAUGAAGCGGAUAAGAGGGUUGAAGCAAGCUUGAAAGAGAUUGAGGAUCUGAAGACAGAAAUUGAAGAGGCUACAAAAGCAGCAGAAUUGGCAGAGGAAGCAAAAAAGUUAGUAGAGGAUGAACUCCAGAAGUGGCAUGAUGAAAGAGAGGAGAGUUAUGGAUCAUCUCCUCCCCUGAUUAUGGAAGAUACCCCAACGUCAUCAGACACGUACCCCCAGCAUUCUUAG